AAAACCCUUGUGUCGAGAAAAACGAAGACUUUUUUUUGAGCUAAAACAAGAGCAGCGAGCGAAACUAGAUCAGCUAUGGCGACCGGUGGUGCUGCGGCGGAUUUGGAAGAUAUUCAGACGGUGGAUCUCAUGUCGGAGCUUCUCCGCCGUUUGAAAUGUUCGCAAAAGCCUGAUAAGCGCCUCAUCUUCAUAGGACCUCCAGGGUCAGGGAAAGGUACACAGUCUCCAGUAGUGAAGGAUGAGUAUUGUUUGUGUCACUUAUCCACUGGUGACAUGUUAAGAGNGAGAUGAACUGGUACGUAUUCCGCAAAGAUCGUAGUCAUGACAAAACAAGAUUUGGGAGAGCUUGUCUCUGAUGAUUUGGUUGUUGGUAUAAUUGAUGAAGCCAUGAACAAGCCAAAAUGUCAAAAAGGAUUUAUCCUUGAUGGCUUUCCCAGGACUGUUACUCAGGCAGAGAAGCUCGAUGAGAUGCUUAAGAGGCGAGGAACUGAAAUCGACAAAGUUCUCAACUUUGCCAUUGAUGACUCGAUCUUGGAGGAAAGAAUAACAGGGCGAUGGAUCCACCCUUCGAGUGGCAGGAGUUACCACACAAAAUUCGCGCCUCCCAAAACCCCUGGAGUUGAUGAUAUUACCGGGGAGCCUCUGAUCCAACGCAAAGAUGAUAACGCUGAAGUUCUAAGGUCGAGGCUAGCAGCUUUUCACAGUCAAACUGAACCGGUGAUUAAUUACUACGCAAAGAAGGAUGUUCUCACAAACAUCCAGGCCGAGAAGGCUCCCCAGGAAGUUACAUCAGAGGUUAAAAAAGCAUUGUCUUGAUGAUCAAAGAAUCUUCAAGCAAAUCAUCUCCUCUGGUUAGAAUCCAUUCUUUUCCUUACUACAAGAGAGAGACACAUCUAUAUAUCCACUCAUCUGCGGAAUGACAGUUCUUUUAGUACUUGCACUUUGCCUUUUCGACUAAUAUUCAAAAUCUGGAGAAGAAUUUUUACUCCUGAAUAUUAAUCUGUUGUCUCUUGUCUGAGACAAGAGUUUUUUCCGGCAUUUUUCGCAGUCUCUUUACAAAAUAAGUAAUUUGUCUAAUCGUUUUUUUUUCUCGGAAUCUGAUA